ACACACUUUAAAAAAACUAAACAAAGAAACUAAAUGAACCUGAGAUCUGAGGCGGUUUCUAAAUUGAGGUUGAAGCAGCGCGUGAUCUCGUGACGUUCCCGGUCAUCACGUGCUGUGUCCAGUCAGCUGACUGCCGUCUUCCGGGUUGUCGGUCGGUGUUUACUUUCUGAGCGGCUUCAUCUCUGUUUCUGCGGCUGAACUCGAGCCAUGAACAUGUCGGACAGUGACGAGGACUCCUACAACGAGAGGACGGCGUUGGUCCCGGCGGAGAGUCCGACGGUGGCGUCCUACAGACCAGAUCCAGACGCCGCCCCCCCAAGCGAUUCCCCAUCCAAAAGGCCCGGCGUAAGCAGGAGGGCGGGUCCGGCUGCCGCGGACGCUGCUGGCUGUCGUGUCAGCGGUGGCGGUUCAGAUCAGGAGGUGGAUGCAGACGAUGAAGAGUUGACUCUGAAGUACGGAGCCAAGCACGUCAUCAUGCUGUUCGUCCCCGUCACCCUCUGCAUGUUGGUGGUGGUCGCCACCAUCAAGUCCGUCAGCUUCUACACGGAGAAGACCGACCAGCAGCUGAUCUACACGCCGUUCACAGAGAACACGACGUCUGUCGGCCGCCGGCUCCUCAACUCCGUCCUCAACACCAUCAUCAUGAUCAGCGUCAUCGUGGUCAUGACCAUCCUGGUCGUCCUCUACAAGUAUCGCUGCUACAAGUUUAUUCACGGUUGGCUCAUCAUGUCGUCCCUGAUGCUGCUCUUCUGGUUCAGCUUCAUGUAUCUGGGCGAAGUGUUUAAGACGUACAACCUGGCGGUGGACUACCCGACUGUGGGGGUGAUCAUCUGGAACUUCGGGGCGGUGGGGAUGAUCUGUAUCCACUGGAAGGGCCCCCUCCAGCUGCAGCAGGCCUACCUGAUCCUCAUCAGCGCCCUCAUGGCCCUCGUCUUCAUCAAGUACCUGCCCGAGUGGUCGGCCUGGGUCAUCCUGGGAGCCAUAUCCGUGUACGACCUGGUGGCCGUCCUGUCUCCUAAAGGUCCUCUCAGGAUGUUGGUGGAGACAGCUCAGGAACGUAACGAGCCCAUCUUCCCCGCCCUCAUCUACUCCUCCGCCAUGAUGUGGACGGUCGGGAUGGCGAGCCCGGCGGACGCUCAGCGCUCCGCACUGGAAACAGACGAGGAGUCGGAGCAGAGAGGUGGGGGGGCGGAGCCUGAGGUCCGACAGCUGCGGUCCUUUGCAGAAGAUGACCUGGAGGAGGACCGAGGUGUGAAGCUCGGCCUCGGAGAUUUCAUCUUCUACAGCGUCCUGGUUGGGAAAGCAGCGGCGACGGGUGGAGACUGGAACACCACGCUCGCCUGCUUCGUCGCCAUUCUCAUCGGUCUCUGCCUGACGCUGCUGCUGCUGGCCAUCUUUAAGAAAGCUCUGCCGGCGCUGCCCAUCUCCAUCACCUUCGGCCUGGUCUUCUAUUUCUCCACAGACUUCCUGGUUCAGCCCUUCAUGGACAACCUGGCUGAUCACCAGUUUUACAUCUGAGAGGAAGCUCCGCCCCCCCGCCGCCGUCAGAGCUGCUGCCAUUCGUCUUUAAAUGCUGUUCCAGCCUCUAAAAAACCUGCUUCUGUUUUAUAUCCUAUUAAAGCGACAGAACAUUUCCAGACUUCAGGACUGUGACGGACAUUUUCACUAUUUUAUAGACCAAACCAUUAAUGUAGAAAUCUGCAGAUCCAAAAUGAAACUGUUCGUUAAUAUCCGUCUUCAUCGUCGUCCUGCGGCGCGCCUGUUGUGGCGGCGGCACAAAGACUACUUCUAAAUAUAUUUACUGUAUUUAAAACGCUUCACCUUUAUUCUGAAAUAACAACAAAAACUAACUUCUUUUUUGUAUUCUCACCA